AGCUGUUGAGGUCAUCUUAGAACUAAAUUCCAAAGAAAUACUUUUAGGCUGAUAAAGAGUCUAGAAAAAGGAGGAGGGAGAGAAAAAGAAAAAAACAGAUGAGUGUACAGAACAGUAGCUGUUUGCAGCUCACCCAGGUGUGCUCUGAAGGUCAAAACCCUACAUCAGCAAUUAGUAGCAAACUCGUGAGCUCCUCUACCUCUUAGAAAGCACAAUUGAGUCCAAUAGCAUGUGAAAGACAUGCACACUUCAUAUAAUGCCAGCAAGUCUCCCUAGAAAAGCAGUUUUUGUAGGUGAAAACAAUGAAGCCAGGUAAAAUUCCAAGGAGGCUAUAAUUUUAGAAGACCUACCAACAACACUGACAUAGGAAGCUCAUUAUUUUAAUCUCUGGAGCCUUUUAAUUUUUUUCUUUAGAAAGUGCAUAAAUAAUUGCAGUGCUGCUUUGCGUCCAAAGCUGGGCAGUAAGUUCAACAAUAACAGCAGCAGUUCUGAUCCUGGCCAUCAUGGAAUUUCUUGAAAGAACGUAUCUUGUGAACGAUAAAGCCGCCAAGAUGUACGCUUUCACACUAGAAAGUGUGGAACUUCAACAGAAACCAGUGAAUAAAGAUCAGUUUCCCAGAGAGAGACCAGAGGAGCUGGAGUCAGGAGGCAUGUACCAUUGCCACAGUGACUCCAGGCACACAGAGAACAGGGUGAAUGAGCACGCCUAUGCCAAGUGGAAACUCUGUGCUGCUUCAGCAAUAUGCUUCAUUUUCAUGAUUGCAGAGGUUGUAGGUGGGCACAUUGCUGGGAGUCUUGCUGUCAUCACAGAUGCUGCCCACCUCUUAAUUGACCUGACCAGUUUCCUGCUCAGUCUCUUCUCUCUGUGGUUGUCAUCGAAGCCUCCCUCUAAGCGGCUGACGUUUGGAUGGCACCGAGCAGAGAUCCUUGGUGCCCUCCUCUCCAUCCUAUGCAUCUGGGUGGUGACUGGUGUGCUGGUAUACCUGGCAUGUGAGCGCCUGCUGUAUCCCCAUUACCAGAUCCAGGCGACUGUGAUGAUCAUCGUUUCCAGCUGUGCAGUGGCAGCCAACAUUAUACUAACUGUGGUUUUGCACCAGAGAUGCCUUGGCCACAAUCACAAGGAAGUGCAAGGCAAUGCCAGCGUCAGAGCUGCUUUUGUUCAUGCCCUCGGAGAUCUAUUUCAGAGUAUCAGUGUGCUCGUUAGUGCACUGAUUAUCUACUUUAAGCCAGACUAUAAAAUAGCCGACCCAAUCUGCACAUUCAUCUUUUCCAUCCUGGUUUUGGCCAGCACCAUCACUAUCUUAAAGGACUUCUCCAUCUUACUCAUGGAAGGUGUUCCAAAGAGCCUGAAUUACAAUGGUGUGAAAGAGCUUAUUUUAGCAGUCGACGGGGUGGUGUCUGUGCACAGCCUGCACAUCUGGUCUCUAACAAUGAAUCAAGUAAUUCUCUCAGCUCAUGUUGCUACAGCAGCCAGCCGUGACAGCCAGAUGGUUCGGAGAGAAAUUGCUAGAGCCCUCAGCAAAAGCUUUAUGAUACACUCACUCACCAUUCAGUUGGAAUCUCCAGUGGACCAGGACCCAGACUGCCUUUUCUGUGAAGACCCCCAUGACUAGCUCAGUCAUACUGUCAGCUUCCCAAAUUUGACAGGCCACCUCCAAACAUACUGUUAUGCAGUUUCUACAUCAUAGAAAAUAAGGAACCAAAGGAAGAAAUUUAAGGAAGUCAUGUUAUGGCACAAUGCGCAUUUUAUCUAUUUAUUUAGCUCCAUCCAUCAUGAAGGAAGAGGCACUGAGAUCCAUCAAUCAAUUGGAUUAUAUACUGAUCAGUAGCUGUGUUCAAUUACAGGAACAUGUAUAUAGAUUAGUCGUGAGUGGAGCCAAACUAACAGCUGUUUGUAGCUAUUGGCAAAUCAAAAUUCAUCUCCCUUCCAAUAAUGGCUCUUGAGAACACAUAGGUAAAUUUGAACCCAGGAAAGUCUUACCAGAAAUCAGUGGAAGGGACAAAUAGUCAUAAAAUUUUCCCAAAACAAGAAAAACAAAAAAUAAAGAGAGUCAACUCAGGAAUAAAAGUGACUUUGUAUGCUAACACCCCAUUAGAACUUAGUUCUAUAACGUGAUUUUUUUUCCUCCUCUGAAUUGGACAUAUGUAUGAAUAUACAGAGAGGCAGGUACAACUAAUUUUUAUUUACUUGUCACAUUUUGGUAAUAAAUCUCUCUCAUUUCUAAAUUCUAACCCGUUUACUUCAAAACUUUACAUAAUCACUGUUCAAAAGGAAAUAUUUUCACCUACCGGAGUGCUUAAACACCAGCAACAGCCAAAGAAUGUGGCAGAGACUCAGAAAUCUUCAAGAACAGCCGACAAAAGCAUUUGAGUUGACCUCACCAAGUUGUUGCCACAGAUAAUUUAGAUAUUUACCUGCAAGAAGGAAUAAAGCAGAUGAAACCAAUUCAUUCAGUCCAUUAGCAUGAUCUGAGCACUGCUUUGUGCUAGACCUUGUGCCUAGCAUCAGAACUACAAAGAGGAAUCAGAUGCACCAAGUGCUUCUAUGUCCUGAUAGCAACUCAACACUAUCUGUGGAGAGUAAACUAAAGAUGUGCAGGCCAAUGGAAAUCCUAUGUCAAUGGGUUUGGAUUGGAACCUGGACUUCCACAUUUUUUUUUAAAGUUACUCAGAGAUAAUUCUAAAGAUGAGCCAUAGUCUAGAAGAUUGUCAACCAUAGAAGGUCAUUGAGUGGGACAGCUAGACACAUACACAGGCAGCUACAAUAGUAUCCUGAAUUACAGUGAUGUAGUUGGGUAUAAAAGGAAAGUGAUGGAUAUUGCUGGAUGGGCAUGGCCAGUGAGAUUUCAUGUCACUGAGGUGACAGCCAUGCUGGACUUUGAAUUACAUAUGAAGGCUUUCCAGGCAGAUGAAGAAGAGAAGGACAUUAAAGACAAGGGGAAGACUAUGUGCACGGCAUACUUAUGUGUGUCUGUUAACUCUUAGUUGGAAAUGCAAAAUUCAUGGUGC